CACACACUCACACAAGGUUCAUUCCGUGUAAUACGAACCAUAUGUAUAGUAUACCUGCUUUAUUUCGUAUAUACAUGCAUACAGACACAGAAAACACACACAGACAAGAACCGAAAGAGAUAAACGAGUGUAGUGGCCGCCUUAUUCCACCAAAACUAUCGGCUCUUUCUUUGCAACAAAUUACAAAUUUACUACCCCGACCUGUAUUCUUACUCCAAAUAACCCGAUGACAUUCCCACUGCCUACUAUUUUUCACAGUCUCUUUUUCCUUCCUUAUUUCCUUGUUCUCUGAUCUUCUUCACUCCCACUCUUUCUUUCUUUACCAUCUCUUUUCAACCAUAGCUUGUCUCUCUCUCUAGAUUUGAAGUACUAUCGCUUGGUUCAUUAUCACCAAUGGCUAAACUUGUGGUUGAAGUUCUUGAUGCCCAUGAUCUCAUGCCUAAAGAUGGUCAUGGGAGUGCAAGCCCUUUUGUAGAAGUAGAGUUUGAAGGGCAGCGCCAAAGAACUUCCACUAAGCCCAAAAAUCUCAACCCUUCUUGGAAUGAGAAGCUAGUGUUCAAUGUCAAGAACCCCCAAGAUUUGUCCACUCAGACGAUUGAGGUUUUUGUGUACAAUGAUAACAAGCAUGGACACCACAAGAACUUCCUUGGGAAGGUUCGGAUUUCUGGCAUGUCUGUUCCUUUCCCUGAGCAAGAAGCCCUGGUGCAGAAGUACCCUCUUGAUAAAAGAGGUAUCUUUUCUCACGUAAAGGGUGAUAUUGCCUUGAAAUUAUAUUUGCAUGGGGGUGUUGAUGGUAUGGAGAUCCAUUAUGAUCAUCAUGAGGAAGCUGCUACUCCGUUGAAGGAGGUUGAUGCUAAUAAGUUGGAUGAUGAGUACUAUUACAAGGAAACUCAUGACAAGAGCAAGAAGAAAAAGAAGGAAAAACAGUUGAGAAAAUUUUACUCUCUGGGAACUGUUAACGGAGGCGGCGGGCCUACUCCAGCCCGGGAAACCCGGGGUGAUUUUUCCAAAGCUGAACUGGUUUCUUCAGCCACUACUGUGAUGCAAAUGCAAUUUCCAGGGAAGAAGCCAGAGUACGCGGUGAUGGAGACAAGUCCUCCUCUGGCUGCAAGAAUGGGAUAUUGGGGAAGGGACAAAACUGAAAGCACUUAUGAUCUGGUGGAGCAGAUGAACUUUUUGUACGUAAGGGUUGUAAAAGCUAUGGAUCUCCCAGUAAUGGAUGUUUCUGGGAGUCUUGAUCCAUAUGUCGAGGUGAAAGUUGGUAAUUAUAAAGGGGUGACGAAGCACUUUGAGAAGAAUCAAAGUCCAGUGUGGGAUCGCGUUUUUGCAUUCUCAAAGGAGAGACUGCAAAGCAGUUUGAUUGAAAUCACGGUGAAAGAUAAGGAUAUUUCGAAGGAUGACUUUGUUGGGAAGAUCACAUUUGAUGUAUCAGAAGUGCCUCAACGUGUACCACCUGAUAGUCCUCUGGCUCCCCAGUGGUUCAAAUUGGUGGACAAGAAAGGAGAGUUACUCAAGAAAGGGGACAUUAUGCUUGCAGUUUGGAUGGGGACACAAGCUGAUGAGGCCUUCCCUGAUGCUUGGCACUCAGAUGCUCAUAGCGUAAACCAGGAAAACAUGAACAGUACACGAUCAAAAGUGUAUUUCUCACCAACGCUGCAUUAUCUGAGAGUCCAUGUGAUUGCAGCUCAAGAUCUCGUUCCAUCAGAUAAAUCACGACCGCCGGAUCCAAUUGUGAGGGUGGAGCUUGGAAAUCAGGGCAGAACUACUAGGCCUUCUUCAACGAAGACCAUAAAUCCGGAGUGGAACGAGGAGCUUAUGUAUGUAGCAUGGGAGCCUUUCAAUGAGAAUAUAGUUGUUAGUGUGGAGGACAAAGCAGCAAAUGAUGAGGUGAUUGGAAGGGUUCUUAUACCUCUUAGGAACGUUAAACGGAGAGUUGAAAAUGCUAAGCUGCCUGAUGCCCAGUGGUUUGGUCUUCAAAAGCCUUCUUUGGUGAAGGACGAAGGUGGGGAGAAGAAAGACAAAUUCGCUAGUAGAAUUUAUCUUCGACUUACCAUAGAUUCUGGUUACCAUGUCCUUGAUGAGUCCACGCAUUUCAGUAGUGACCUUCGGCCAUCAGCCAAGCAACUGCACAAACCCAGCAUUGGCCUUCUUGAGGUUGGCAUUUUGAGUGCUCGAAAUCUGCAGGCAAUGAAGGGGAAAGAGGGUAAACUGACUGAUGCUUAUUGUGUGGCCAAGUAUGGGAACAAAUGGGUUCGUACCAGAACACUUCUCGACAACCUGCAUCCUCGUUGGAAUGAGCAGUAUACUUGGGAAGUUUAUGAUCCUUAUACUGUGAUCACGAUUGGCGUUUUUGACAAUUGUCACAUCAACGAUAAAGAAGACGCAAAGGAUCAGAGAAUUGGCAAGGUGAGAAUUAGGGUCUCCACCCUGGAAACUGAUCGAGUUUACACCCAUUCAUACCCGCUGUUGGUUCUUUCUACCUCUGGUUUGAAGAAAAAUGGGGAACUCCACUUGGCUAUACGUUUCACGUGCACAGCUUGGUCGAACAUGGUGACACAAUAUGGGAAGCCAUUGCUCCCAAAAAUGCAUUAUGUUCAGCCCAUAUCCAUUAAGCACGUUGAUUUGCUGCGCCACCAUGCAAUGAACAUAGUGGCCGGAAGCCUAGCCCGGGCGGAGCCACCACUCAGAGCAGAGAUUGUUGACUACAUGCUGGAUGUGGAUUACCAUAUGUUUAGCCUCAGGAGGAGCAAAGCCAACUUCACCCGCAUAAUGUUACUCGUUUCUGGAAUUCAGUAUGUGCUUAGCUGGUUCAAUGACAUAUGUCACUGGAAAAACCCGCUGACCACAAUCCUCAUGCACAUUUUGUUUCUGAUACUAGUAUGCUACCCGGAGCUGAUCUUGCCUACACUUUUCCUCUACCUUUUUGUCAUUGGCUUGUGGAACUAUCGGUUCAGGCCCAGGGAACCACCACACAUGGAUGCUUGGCUUUCUCAAGCAGAGGAUGCUCAACCGGAUGAACUACAAGAGGAAUUCGAACCAUUUCCAACUUCUCGUUCACUUUCAACUGACAUUGUGAGGAUGAGAUAUGACAGGAUGAGGACGGUGGCGGGAAGAGUUCAAACAGUGACAUCAGAUUUGGCAAUGCAAGGAGAGAGAGUACUUGCCUUGUUGAGCUGGAGGGAUCCAAGGGCCACAACUAUCUUUGUCACAUUUUCAUUGAUCUGGGCUAUGUUCUUGUAUAUUACUCCUUUCCAAAUUGUCGCACUGCUCAUCGGGCUUUAUGUACUGCGCCAUCCUCGGCUCAGGUACAAGUUGCCACCAAUACCUGUCAAUUUCUUCAAGAGAUUGCCAUCCAGGGCAGACUCCCUUCUGUGAGAUGAUUGCAUAUUCAUAGUAAAGAAGAGAGAUUCACUUUCCAAAUGAAUCAAAAUAAGUCUGCAGCAGAAGCAGCAGCAAGAGUGAAGCCUGCAACCCUCAGCCAGUGUGGGUUACUUGCCCAGACCCACAGUUUCUGUUUGUCCAUUUCAUGUAUUCGGCAGAA